UACGGAAGAUCUCUCCACCGAAGGUGGCUCCGCGGUCUUGGAACUGGGGAACAAGCAGGAAAAAGAAGCGGAAAAACAGCUGCAGAUACUGAAUGAGAAGCUCAGCAAGUCCGGGUAUUUUUAGCGUCGGUGGAAGCGGAAAAACAAGAAGCGUCGUCGAGAUCGAGAUGAAACAACAAAAGGAGCUGCUUCUUCCUCAUCCUGGAAAGAUCGGCUGGGAGAUUUCUUCCAACGCUUUCUGUUUCUUGGGUCGAGCAGUAAGAGCGCUCCUUCUGCUGCUGGUGCCGGAAGUAGUAGUUCAUCAGCUGCAGCAAGUGACGAGUUCCGUAAAGUAGACACCUCCUCUUCUACUUCGGGUGGUCGUGUGGAUGAUGAUAAAGUAUAUCUUCGUCCAGCUGCAAAUUCUGGUCCGAGUAGCGCGCUCGAAAAUGGAGAAAGCCAGAAGAACUACAAACAGGGGCGGCGGAAAAUGGCUACAGCACGCAGCACAGCAAGAAAGCAAAACCGUCGUCUGAGCACGCGGAAAACCAAAAAAGUCAGCCAAGAAAUGAAACAGAAAGACGAUGGCGAUUUUCCUUUUGACAAUCCGGACGUAAUGAAUCACAUAAUGCAACAAAUCGAGGCUUCUGAUGGCAGAAUAGACUUUGACGAGCUCACAGCAGGGGGCUUCAGUGACACGACUGAGCCAUCCGAGCUUGCGCUCCGCCUCACGGGUGAUGAAGAUGGUGCGCACGAGGAUCUUGUGGCGUGGUUCGACGAUGGAGACAACGGUGAAAAUGCAAACGACAGCAAGUGGCAGGUCACUCAACAAGAAUUUGAAGAGAAGUUUCCACAUGGCAUCACGAAAGAGGCGAUUCAUGAGAUGCAGAAAGACCAGUAUAUGGACAAUAUCCAUUGCAAAUAUGUCUGGGUCUGGAAGAAUGCAUGUUCGUCAUGCUUGUCUGGUGUGAUUCUUAAAUCUGUCAUGCACAUUACCCAAGAGCCCCAGCCCAUUUUUCUGUCAUGCAGAAACGCAGUUUGUCAUGCAGAACAGGCAAGAACACCCAGAAGCUCAGAAACUUGUCGCGCUGAGGCAGCACUUGAUUUGCCCCCCUCAUAAUACGCAGCCCAGCGUCCUCACAAGGUUCCAGACCCAGUCAUAUUUGCAGUUUAUAGACAAGGUGGCGGAGCAAUUUCCUCCCGGUGCCUUCGACCCGGACCACGAUCCGCCGAUCGACCCAGCGAAAAUGAAUCCGCUGCAGCAGGCUGCCUUGCAGGACAUAUGCAUUGCAAAAGUAUCGCUAUCGUAUAUGAAGUAGAAGUCGGAAUUGCAAUUGGAAAUUUUCUCUCAGGGUUGCAAAAUGAAAUCUGCAUUUUUAACUUGAUGGCUUUGCUUUGUAGAAGGGGGAUCUGUCAUGCGUGAAGACAGUAAGUGGGACGACUAGUACAAUACUUGUGCACUCGAUAAAACAUGAUCAAUGACGAUUUGAAAAUAGACCAGGAUAUCCAUUGCAGCUACGUCUGGGAGGUCUGGAAACUUGUUGUGCUGCAGCAUUGUGGAUCAGUAAACAGUUUCAGCAGGAGUUGAAGACAGCGCAGCCAAGCGUGAGAUGAAGUUUUAGAAGGCUCUCGUCGCGCCGUCAGUAGCGCUAGCGCUUUUUAUGCGUUUUUCUUUCUGAUGAAACAAGACAGGUGAAGCUAAAGUGGCUGCGGUCUUGUUGUUCAGUCAACAUGCAGUACAGAGUAAUUUACAGGAAUGCAACAAGGGCUCGACAAGCGGCACAAUAAGUUCCACACCCAGACGAGUUAUUUGCAGUUGAUACAGGAGAUCCACGGACAAGAUUUGGAUCCAAACACAGCAGUAUGAUAGCGGACAACUACUCCUCGCUCUGCUCCUGGUUUGAAGGCCAUUUCUACCAACGAGAGCAGCUCGUUGAAGGAUGGAGCUUUUGCAUGAACACAAAUCGACGUGGUCCAGACGGAAGGGCGCUUUUGGCCACGUCGGAAUCUUGUCAUGCGCACGUGGUCAAAAGGCCCGGUUGGGUGUGGAUUUGGCGUUUUGCAUGACAAGAAAGGAAGUGGACAGAGACGAGUUUUUGCACUCUCAUACGCAGCGCAUGGCGACGUACCCUGGCAUGAUGAAACCUGGAACCCUAUCCUGUGUAGAAAACGGCUACACCCGCCGCGGCCCAGAAUCAAUUGUAUAGUGGAGAUUUGCGUUAUUUGCCCCUACUUCUACAGAAUAAAGGUUUGUUGACAUGCAGCGCAUCUGAUGAUGAAAUGCCAUAAUUCCACCCGUUGUGUUUCGGGAUUUGUGAAGAUACCGUAAACACCAGGAUUAGAAGAUGGCUCUGCAAUGCGGAAGAUGAUGUACUCGCAGCUACUCUAGUAAGUACACUACACUGCAGCGAGAACACUGCGAAUAAAUUUCGUGCUGUCAUGCGUGACUCACCUUCCAAAGCUUCUGGAUUUACGUGGGUUGUUCAGUAAUUCCAAUCUUGGUUCGAGGGCGUAGGCCCCGUAGAAGUUUUUACACAGGAUACACCCGGUAUGGAAGUGUCAGAAUCGAAAUUGACAAAAUCGAAAAAUUUGCGAUGCACAAAAUCGAUGUCUGUUGGAGCCUCAGUUUCCCAGUGGCGCAUGACAAAUUUCGGGCGCACCCAAAUCCAGUCUGUCAUGCAGUUUGGGCAAAGAAGACUCCUCCUGUCAUGCUACUCUGGCAGCACAUUUUAUACCCCUAAACAGGCUCACAAUCGGUCUCAUUUGCCUACUCCCCAACACAGGCCUUCAGUGCCCUACAUUUUACGCAUCGCAAAUUAUUUCGAUUUUGUUGAUUUCGAUCCUGACACUUCCAUACCCGGCGGAAAAGUACAACGCGGACUAUCACACGAAGGAACACUAUCAAAUGUAAAAAUGUCUGGGUCUGGAAGAAUGCAACUUGUGAUGCUGAAUUUGGAUUCCAAAAAAAUCUGUAUUGCAUGAGCAGCAAAGAGAGUCCAAAUUUUUCAGUACGGAGAGAGCAUUUGUCAUGCGGAAUAGGCAUCAGGAAGCCCUCUAAAAAUAUGUGAUGCUAGGGCAUGCGUCACAGACUUGAGGAGUCAUGCAAAAUGUGCAUGACAAAGCCGGCAAUCUUCCAAACCCAGACACUUUUACAGUUGAUAAACACCCUAUCAUUACCAAAGCCGAGCUGGACUCCAUUCAGUAUCCCGACGACUUCGAAAGCGGAACCGAGACGAGUACGCAACAGGGGGGAUUGCGCGGAGGCGAGAACCCCGCAGAAGAUCUGCAGGCGAAACUGGAGAUGCACAUGAACGACGAAAUUGCUGGGGAUGACAAUGAAGUCGACAUGUACUUAUCCAUUGUAAAACUAUCGAACUCGUCGUACAAAUUCCAAUAUUGCAUCAAAGACAAAGUCAAACAGUUGUUGAACAGCAUUACCUUAUUUGUGAGAAUAUUUGUGAUGCAGAUGUAAUCACUAGUACUAGCGAACGAUUGAUUUUGCAUAUGUAUAACAUUCCGGAUGA